UGUCGAACUAUACAUUUAAUAUUAAUAUUGGAAGAUACGUUUAUUCUAUUUUAUUAGAUAGAGUUAGAUACUCUUUUUAUAUAGAGGGAAAAUAAAAUUACUCAUUUGAGUAAUCGAAAAGUAGCAAGGCAAGCACACUGCGGUCUUCACUGAGCAAAAAACUAUAAAUGGAUUUUUGGUGUAAUGCCCUGAGUUGUUUUCUGUGUUGCCAAGACGAGAUUGAUGAUACUUUCUAUAUAGAUUGCAAUGUUGUAAGUACCAUUAAAAACACCUUCAAAAGGGGGUCUCAAUCUGAUCAUAAUGGUUCUGUUAGGACUGGCGGUUCUCCUAGUUAUAAUUACCAAGUAAUACAUGAUUCGGAUUAUCCUAAUUCAGUUCCAGGAAAUUCGAAUCAUAAUAGAUCUUCUUAUGCUCAAAAUCAAGCUCAUAAGGACUUAGAAAGGAGACUGCUUCAGGCGCCUAUAAAUAGAUCUCUAUUAUCAUCAUCAUCAUCAUCAACAACAACAAUUGUUUCUUCUGCUAAUCGAACUUCGAACUCUUCAUCUGCACUCCCUCAAUCUUCUAGUAAAAACUCAUCUUCAAACCCUUCAAAGCCUGCAACUUCUUCGUCUAAGGUGCCAUCUUCCUCUGAAUCUAAUUCUUCUCCCAAGAAGCCCCCUCCAACCUUCAAGCCUUUUCUGUCUCCUGCUUCUCCAAGUGUUUCAACAAAUCAGCUAGGAAAAGCAAAUUACGUGUUGGAAGAGAACGAUUCAGUACCGUUGUACAUAAUUCCUGAGGAUAUUAAGGAUUUGAUAAAGAAAGGCAUUGUGCCAGAAGUCCUUAAGAAGAUCUUGUCUCCCUCAAGAUACAAGGAUUACUUUUCUGCUCUCUUAUAUGCUGAAGACUAUUACUAUAAGAAUUGGAACGGUUAUGAACUGCUGGAUAUCACAUUAGAGUUGCGUGAAGCAACAGUUUCUAAAAACAUAAAUACAAAUGAAAAAAAGGAAAUAGAGGAUAAACAGUUUGUGGCAUUUAAGAUGGAUGUUAUCCCUGAGAGACGACCAUUUCUUUUGUCAAGGGAUUUGGUUUUCGCACGACCUUCAGGGACCAAACUUGAGCCGUUUCAAGGAAUAAUCUAUCGAGUGAAGAAUAGAAAUACGGUUCUAGUCGAAUUCAACAACAACUUCCACAGGCAGCACCACCCAAGCCGAAGAUACGACAUCAGUUUCUCAUUCAACAGAGUCAGUCUCAAACGAGCUCACCAAGCUCUCAACUCCAUCUCCGAUUUCCUCCUUGAAAACUUCCUCUUCCCCAAUUCUCCAACCCGCAAGACCACCACCACUCCUCCAAGAUUAUCUCCCAACCUCGAUCAACAAACUGCCACCGCAGUUCGCCGAAUCUUGGCCGUCCAAAGCUCACCACCUUAUUUGAUCUCCGGCCCUAGAUGCGCGUCGGAGAUGAAAGCUGCCUCUCACCUGCGAGAACCAUCACGAACUGGAGCCAUCAUCCGAGAAUCGGUUAUCCAAAUAUACAAAACCUCACCCAAUUGCCGGAUACUGAUUUGUGCGCCGACGAAUAGCGCCUGCGAUGUUCUAAUGAGAAGUCUAAAUAAGUCAAUCCCCGUUUCAGCGAUGUUUCGAGCCAAUGCAGCGUUUCGAGAGAGAGAAAACGUACCUGAAGAUAUCCUCUCGUCGUGUUUGAUCGAAGAGGAGUGUUUCGGUUGUCCUCCGAUUGCAAAGCUUCGAGAAUUCAAAGUGAUCUUCUCGACCUUCAUGAGUAGCUUUCGUCUCCAUAAAGAGGGACUGUCAGUGAAGCACUUCAGUCACAUUUUCAUGGUGGACGCUUCUUACGGCAUCGAGCCGGAGGCCCUGGUGGUAUUGGCUAACUUUGCUGGAGAAAACACGGCUGUAGUGGUGGCAGGCGAAGUGGGAGGUUCACCGAAUUGGGUGAGAUCGGAUAUUGGGAGAAGGCAUGGAUUGAAGGUUUCUUAUUUCGAGAGAUUGAGCAAGUUCAGGCCAUAUCUUGGACUCAAUCCCGAGUUCACUACGCACUUGGACAUGAAUAAAGACGCCGUUUAUAUGUGAUUGCCUUAUUUUAUUGGCUUUUGUUUGGAGUGUCCAACUUGCGUCCAUUUGGGUGUUUUAACGCCGUCCGUGGUUUGGUACGGAGGAAUUUAAGCAUAACAUUUGUAUUUUGUAAGUUUUACUAAUUUUAUAAAUUUUUGAUAUAAAUAUAUAUAUUUUAGUUA